AGAGACCUCGAUAAACCCUAAUAAUCUUGUAUCCCUAUUUCGAUUUUGAUAGAGGUUAAAAACCAAAGUCUCUCUGCUUGCCUCAAAUCGAAGAAGAAGAAGAAAAGCCCUUCAAACCAUGGGGAAUUUGGAUUUGGAGCAGCAUUCACCCGAAAAGGAAGAGAUGAAGACGAAGAAGAAAAGAUCCAGAGACAAAGCGAAGAUACUAAAGCAGCUAGCGAAGAGGGAGGUUAAAGAGCCAAAAUCAAUAACAGAUGAAGAACCGAAGAAGAAGAAGAAGAAACUAAAGCAGGUUGCGACAGAGGAUGAAGAGACCGAAGCAAUUAGCGAUGAAGAACCAAAGAAGAAGAAGAUGGGUAUAAUGACUAACGAAACGUUUGAGUCAUUGGGGCUAUCUGAUAACACUCAUAAAUCCAUCAAAGAGAUGGGAUUCGCACGCAUGACUCAGAUUCAAGCUAAAGCGAUUCCGCCGUUGAUGAUGGGGAAAGAUGUACUCGGAGCUGCCAGAACCGGUUCUGGAAAGACCUUGGCUUUUCUUAUACCCGCUGUAGAGCUUCUUUACCAUGUCCGGUUUACUCCUCGCAAUGGAACCGGUGUUAUUGUGAUUUGUCCAACAAGAGAGCUUGCCAUUCAGUCGUAUUUAGUGGCGAAAGAGCUUCUUAAGUUCCAUUCUCAGACCGUGGGAAAGGUUAUUGGUGGUGAGCCCAGAAAGAAAGAAGUUGAAAUUCUUGUCAAAGGUGUUAAUCUGUUGGUGGCUACCCCUGGCAGACUUCUCGAUCACCUUGAGAAUACUGAUGGAUUUGUAUUCAAGAACUUGAAGUUUCUUGUUAUGGAUGAGGCUGAUAGGAUACUGGAACAGAACUUUGAAGAAGACAUGAAGAAGAUCAUUAAGCUUCUACCAAAGACAAGGCAGACGUCACUGUUUUCCGCCACACAGACAUCCAAGGUUGAGGAUCUUGCUAGGGUGUCACUUACAUCACCUGUUUAUAUUGAUGUGGACGAAGGACGAAAAGAGGUUACAAAUGAAGGCUUGGAGCAAGGUUACUGUGUUGUGCCAAGUGCAAAGCGGUUACUCUUUUUACUCACCUUCUUGAAGACGUUUCACGGGAAGAAGAAGAUCAUGGUAUUUUUCUCCACUUGCAAAUCGACAAAGUUUCACACGGAACUCUUUCGGUACAUCAAAAUAGAUUGCCUCGCCAUCCAUGGAGGGAUGGAGCAGAGCAAAAGGACUUCAACGUUUUUCCAGUUCGUAAAGUUGGAAACUGGUGUCUUAUUGUGUACUAAUGUAGGUGCCCGUGGUCUUGACUUCCCACGUGUGGAUUGGAUUGUGCAGUAUGAUCCUCCAGAUGAUCCUACGGAAUACAUUCAUAGAGUAGGUAGAACAGCUCGUGGAGAGGGUGCAAAAGGGAAGGCUCUGCUUGUUCUAACUCCAGCGGAGUUGCAGUUUAUUCAGUAUCUCAAGGCAGCUAAAAUUCCUGUUGAAGAACAUGAAUUUGAGGAAGAGAAGUUGCUCAAUGUGCAGGCUUUCCUGGAAAAGACGAUAUCUGAAAACAGUGCAUUGAGCGUGUCAGCAAAAGAAGCAUACAAGACUUACAUAUCAGGAUAUGAUUCUCACUCUAUGAAAGAUGUCUUUAAUGCUCACCGACUCGAUCUCAAGGAGGUUGCGGCUUCGUUCUGUUUCUCAUCACCACCCAAAUUAUUGCUGAAGAUACAUCGAGAAGGAGACGGGUACAGGAGCAAGAGAGAACCUGUUAAUAAUAAGUUUAACAGAGGUCGUGGUGGCAGACCCGGCGGUAAAACUAAGUUCGAGAGGUACUAAUAGUGACGAGACAAGACAAGAGAGACCAGUUUUGUCCUUGAUACACUUGGGAGCAUUUUACUCUCUCUUUUUUUUGCAUUAAAACAUUUCUGUUUAGUUACCAUGCUUCGAAUCCAGGAUCUAAAGAUCAAUUUCUUAUUAAUCUACAAUCGUAAUGAUAAACAAAUUCUACCUUUUAUACAAACAUUGUAGUUUCUAAUAAAGGCCUCGUAUGAGUGAGUUUUCAUCGAA